AUGACAAGAAGUGAACGUUUUCGUUGCGUGCGAUGGCGACUUGGUUGGUUACCUCUUGUUUUUCUUGUUUACAUAUGCAUAACCGCCUUCAGAUACCCCAAAUCUAUUGAAGAUCCACUCUCUUAUCUCUUGAAUCUAUCACCAUCAACAUUCCAUACUAAGAAAGUGAAAAAAUUAAUUGAUGCCUGGCUCAUACACUGGCCUUCUAUAUGUGCAAUUCUGCUUGAGAUGAACUAUCUAGCUUCACUCCCAAAUCCCUGAACCCUCUGACCAUCAUCUUCUUUCAAUACAAUAACGAUUUUCUGAUAGUAAAUUAUCAUCACUUAUACAUAUACUUUAACAUUUUCCCUUUUAUCUCAAAAGGGUUUUUCUUUCCUUUUUUUCCAUAGCGAUCUGACAAGGGUAAAACAGCAUAUAUAAAUGCUAUGUGCUCAUU